UCGCGAUGAUUCAUGAAUCCAUCACAGAACUAACCGUAACUUUUUUGUGAACAGGUGCCUUACCUUCAGCAUGGGACACACAGACACAGAAGGGGGCGAUGGGUGAAAUCCUUUCACAGUGGAAACCCAAGAAUGAUGAUGAUCAGAGGUCAAUUCUGGUGUCCAAUAUACCACCCACCCUAGCAGAUGACAAGGUGAUGAUCCACUUCCAGCGGUCAUCUCACGGUGGGGGAGAUGUGAGACAGGUCAGGAGGCUGUCACCUUCACAGGCCAAGGUCAUCUUUGAUGAUGUGAAAGUCAUCGACAGGGUUGUUGCUAGGAAACAUGAGCUGGAUGGAGUGACCCUGCAUGUCGAGGCUUGGUCAUCUUUCCUGGUCAGGGCGCAGGAGAUGGACAGAGCCAAUUUUGAAUGCACAAUGUCAGGAGCAGCCACUUCUACAUUUUACGGUGGGUCAGCAUCUAGAGAUAAAGAAUCAAGGAGGGACCAACCCUUGCCUACUCCAGAAGGAAGCACAGGACCUGGUAGCACAUACACGUUGGCAGAUAGUGACACGUCUGAUGAUGAUGAGGAUGAUGAUACGUCUGAUGAUGAUGAGGAUGAUGUCAUCAUUCAUCACAUCAAUAACAGCAAGAAUGGAAACACAGUACGACUAGUAGAGCCUGUAGAGCCAGACAUAUUAUCUUAUAUCAUCAAGGUGCACAAGGCAAAAAUCAUCACCAUAGCAGAGAGACAUAAGGUUAGUUUCGGUCAUAAUGAAAAGAGAACAGUGGUGCAUUUCAUAGGGUUGAUGAAGAAUGCUAUAGAUGCACUUGAAGAUUUCAUCACAAUGUAUCAGGGUCUUUUUGGCAAAAUCAAGUCUAUUUCCCUUGAUACAAAUUUGCAUGGUGUCAAAUCAGAUGUCUGUUCAUAUGCUGUAGAAGUUGUGCAGAAAUCUUCCCAAACAGUGUUCAUUAAGAACACAGAUGGAAAGAUAGUAUUCAUCGGAGAUGAGUCUGAGGUUCGCUCUACAAGAGCAGAAAUUUGUUCCAUCUUGAAUAUCUCUGAGUCAAGGAGAAGGAAACCACACACAAGCAGUGCUCCAAUAUCGCCUACUGUGCUUGGACCAGGCCAAGGAAGUGCAACUGCCAUCUUGUCUAACCUUAGCUUAGGAGAUAAACUGGUCUUCUUAGAUAAGAUAAAAGGCAUCCAGAUCUGUGUGGUGGAAGGCGACAUCACCCAGCAGAAAGUUGAUGUAAUAGUCAAUGCAGCUAACAACACUCUGAAUCUGAACUGGGGAGUGGCGGGUGCUAUAAGCAAAGCAGGAGGGAUCAGCAUUCAGGCAGAGUGCGACUCACACAUGAAACAAAGAGGCUACUUACACCUGAAGACGACCGAGUGUGUGUGGACUUGGGGAGGGAGUCUUCCCUGCAAGUAUGUUAUCCAUGCAGUCGGCCCGAUGUACAGUGGAACGUACGGUUCGCAGAGAUGUCAGCAGGAGCUCCAUGAUACAUGCCACAAGGUGCUCAGAAUGGCCUCUGAUCUGAAGGCUGGGUCCAUUGCUAUGCCUGCCAUCGGUUCAGGAAUGCCUAGUGACCUUUGUGCUGAGUCCAUGUUCAGUGCCAUCACUGACUUCAUCGAGAAUGUCAACCCCAAGCAUAACAGCCUUGUCGAUAUUCGCAUCAUUGACAAAGACAGAAAGGUAGCUGAAGUCUUUUGUAAGGUCAUCGCCAAGAUGCUUGUGAGAUUCCAUGCAAAUAAGACAGCCUGAUCCUCAGUAUUUGACAAGAGUGAAGGAGGAACUGGCGUCAGACAGAAUCAAGUAAAUUUCGCACAAUUUAGUGCAUACUCAUGGUCUUACAUACAAUUGCUCUGUAUGUUAGCUUCUAAAAAGAGCAUUUUUCAUAAGCUGUGAUGGCAAAUUCCAAAGCGGCAGCCAUGUUCACUGUGAUAUUACGAGUAAACAGUUAGUAAAAGAUGAACUAUUUGUAUACAUAAUGAAAUCAUCUGACAACACUGUACAUACUACAAAAACUGUGUGAAUUCAUAUACAUUUGUUUCAAGAGAAGGAAAGAGACAUGUAAAUUGUAGAAUAGCAUAGCAUUACAUAUUUGGAUAUUUUGUAAACGAUAGAUGU